AUGGGGGACGUGGUUUCUACUCACCUGGACGAGGGGAAGAGGGAGAUGAUCACAGCAUGCACCAGGCGGGUGAUGGCGGAGUUCGGGGGGGUGUAUCAGCAGCAGUAUGCGGUGGCGCUCUUUAACAGUGUACGUUAUGAAAUUGAAGGAGGGACAAAUGUCCAUUCCCAGCUCUUACACCGCAAGAAUCCACUGCAAGACAAAUCUAUUUUCUCUGGAGACUUGUUUCACUACAUGGAUGAAAAUAAAAAAUGGAGAAACCGCUUCUUCUAUGUGGCAGACUCUUACAACAUCCACUUCUAUGACUCCAAACUGGCACAUGAAAGAGGCAUCCAUCCCAAAGGAGUCAUUAACUGUGCUGGAUACAAAGCCCUGAACUCCAUGGAUGAAUACCUGGAGCUGCUCAACAGCUGCAUGCCUGACACGAAGGUGAAACCAGACAACUCUCCAUAUUUAAGGUGCGCCUCGAACUUCCUUCUGAUCCUGUGGCAUCCCUACGCUCGGCAUCACUACUUCAACGUGAGGACUGAGAAAGAGCAGAGGAAGUGGCUCGCCGUGUUUCAGGACUGCAUCAGACACGCCAAUAAUGGUCUGUCAGAGGAGAACAAUGUGCAGACACCAGCGUUCACCGACUCUGUGCGACUCUACAGACAGUCUAAAGGCCACUACGGUACCUGGGACAUGAUGUGUGGAGAUCCACCAAGGAUUCUGGCCAAUCUGGUAAUGGAGACUUUGCUCCCAGACCUCAAGAAGGUGAUCGGGCCUCGGCUAAAAGGCAAACUGCAGCAGAAGCAGAGAAACUGGAUGCUGAUCUCAGAUGCAGUGUACAGGCAGGUGUUGGCUCAUACGCAGGCGCAGCAUGGGGCACUGGUACAGGCCUGUGAAGUAGAACGUCCCCGUCUGGACGCUGCACUCCGCACAGACAUGGACCAGAUCGUUGCCUCCAAAGAACAUGUUACUGGAAGGAUGCGCGCAAUGGUGCUUCCACAAGCAGAGCAGUUCUGUAAGGCUGGUGUUCAGCCCUACACCAGUUCCAUCUUAGAAGCUUUGAUGGACCCAGUAGGCAGAGGUUUCUCCGAGGUCAGGGAGGUUCUUUUCGUCGAACUGGUGGAAAUCAGCAAGAAUACGGUCAACGACGAAGGAAGAGCAGCACUUGGAACGCAUAUGGAGAAACUGUCCAUGCUGGCCUUUCAUCCGGUGAAGAUGCAGAGCUGCUACUACAAUAUGGAGCAACUGAGUCUGGAGGGUCUUCAGCAGAGAUUUGACGUGUCCAGCUCCUCUGUGUUUAUUCAGAGAGGUCAAAUCCUUAUGAGAGAGCAAAUGGACAAUGGAGUCUACACAUUUGAGCAGUUGUUGCACCAAAGCCUAGAAGAUCAGUCAGAAGAACAGCUCCAUAAAACCAUCCAGUGCUGCCAGGAGCGAGUACUGAAGAAAUACGACUAUGACAGUAGCUCAGUUCGUAAGAAGUUCUUUAGAGAAGCACUGCUGCAGAUCAUCAUUCCACACAUGCUGAAACAUCUCUACCCUGUCUACUCUGCUGAACUUCCAAAGUUUGAAGAGCUCAUCUUUGAAGACUUCUCACGCUUUAUUUUGGUGGAGAACAUUUUCGAGGAGGUCGUACUGCAGUCAGUCUCCAAGGACAUCAUGAUGGCGGUGAAGGAGGCGGCCGUCCAGAGGAGGCACAACCUGUACAGAGACAGCAUCGUGUUGACCAACAGUGACCCCAACCUGCACCUCCUGGAGGGGGAUACUGUCGACUGGGCCGGCCAGUACGGAGGAGGCGGCGACAGAGAGGAAAGGAAAAGGAACCGCAGACAGAUCGUCUCUAUGAUCAGGCCCGACGGCUUGUCAUCGGUGCCUUACGGCUCGUGUCUGGAGGUGCCCGGUGUGGAAGAGAUACCUGAGGAAAAUGAGGCACAGAUGGGCGAAGAUCUCAGAGAGCAACCUUUAGCUGAUACAGAUCUUCAGGAGCCGCCAAUCAGUCCCGUGGAACCAAAAACCCCGGAGACCCCGAGCUCUCCAGACAACGUGCUAGAGAUCCGUCACCUCAUUAACCCAGUCCUGGAAAUGGUUCUUCCUUCGACAGAGGACGCAGUGCUGACCAACGGGACCCUGCCUCUGGAGGAGGGUGACGAAAUACAGGAAAUCACCAUAGUGAACGAACUGAUGCCGAGGGACGCGGCUAUCGCCAGCGCCCUUCAGGAGCUGGACAAUGCUGUGAAAGAUGAGGACUAUGACGUAGACUCUGAUGAGGAACUGGGCCAGGAACAGCACGAUGACAGCGGAUUUCAGUCUCCCACCAACGAGGCCCAUGAGAACGGGGACGCGGUGGAUACCGAGCAGGUGGAGGUUACACUGGAGCAGGAACGUAAGGAAUCGGGAGGCAAAUGA